AUUUGGUGACACUGAAGAGCGAGGUGUUAACAAUAUCUGCUUUCAAAGGAGAAGAAAUACCCAUAAUACAGCAGAAAGUGGUGUAGUGCAUGCUCUGGACAGCUAGGUAAAUUUUCUUGAUAUUCUGCUAAGAACAAAUAUUUGAGGACCUGUAUGUAUUUUGAUUGUCCUUUGAAUAUUAAUCUACAUUUGCCUCAUUAUUUCAAAGUUUGUUGAUAGUUUGGGUAAACGAUGGCUCAGCUCCAGCAAGGAGGUCCAGAUGAAAAAGAGAAGACCACUGCAUUAAAGGAUUUAUUGUCUAGAAUAGACUUGGAUGAACUAAUGAAAAAAGAUGAGCCACCACUUGAAUUUCCUGAUACUUUGGAAGGAUUUGAGUACAUUUUUAAUGAAAAAGGGCAAUUAAGACACAUUAAAACUGGGGAGCCAUUUGUUUUUAAUUAUCGUGAAGAUUUGCAUAGGUGGAACCAAAAGCGCUAUGAAGCCCUUGGAGAGAUCAUUACUAAAUACAUUUAUGAACUACUGCAGAACGAAUGCCACUUGAAGAAAGUAACUCUUCCAGUUGAUGCAGUUGAGUCUGAACCAAAGAGCUUUAUCUUUAUGAGUGAAGAUGCAUUAGUAAAUCCUGACAAGCUGUUGGUCCUAAUUCAUGGUAAUGGUGUUGUCAGGGCUGGUCAGUGGGCUAGGAGACUCAUAAUUAAUGAAGAUCUGGACAGUGGAACACAGAUACCGUACAUAAAGAGAGCUAUUGAGGAAGGCUAUGGAGUAAUAGUUCUGAAUCCCAAUGAGAACUAUAUUGAAAUUGAGAAGACCAAAGCCCAAGUACAGCUGUCUUCUGAUAUCUCAGAUGAACCUGCAGAAAAGAGAGAAAGGAAAGAUAAAAUCCAGAAGGAAACAAAGAAGCGACGUGACUUCUAUGAAAAGUAUCGAAAUCCACAAAAAGAAAAAGAAACUAUGCAGAUCUAUAUUAGAGAUAAUGGCUCUCCUGAAGAACAUGCGAUUUAUGUUUGGGACCAUUUUAUUUCCCAGUCAGCUGCAGAGAAUGUGUUUUUUGUUGCUCACAGUUAUGGUGGACUUGCCUUUGUAGAGUUGAUGAUUCAACGAGAGGCAGAAGUAAAGAAUAGGGUAACUGCUGUGGCGUUGACAGACUCAGUUCACAAUGUGUGGCAUCAAGAAGUUGGGAAAACUAUUCGAGAGUGGAUGCGAGAGAACUGCUGUAACUGGGUGUCCAGCUCCGAGCCCCUGGACACAUCAGUGGAGUCCAUGCUGCCAGACUGUCCCCGUGUCUCUGCAGGUACAUCCAUUUGUUUGCAGUACAGAACGCCAUGAACUAACUUCUUGGAAGAGUUUUCCAUCUGUUUUCAAAUUCUUCAGUGAGGCUGUAAAGGCGAAGAACAGCUUGGUGAAACCAACCCAAACACGGCGCUCCAACAGGAUAAAAUAUGAAGAAUUUUAAAAGGAGGGGAAGAAAAAACCCACCACCACCAAUGUCUUUGCUGCUUGUUUUCUGCAAGGAGUCUCCCAGCCCCUCAUUAGAUUGUUUUCUUCCUAGAGCACAGGGUCGUGAUGUAUACAUCUAAAUAGCGUUUUGCAUUAUUUCUAGAUGAGUGCAACUGUCAAAGCAAUAUGGGUUCACUGGUUGUGCUUCCUGUGGACUGUAACUUGGAUUUUGUGCUGCCCAUCAGAGUGCAGAUUAAGGCUGACAGUGGUACUGCACAGUGCAGCAUGGUGCAGCUCUAAUUGCCCUAGCAUAGCCCUGCACCAAGUUGAUGCCAGAAUUUAACAGCUUCUUUGCAGUCCUGUUGCCUGCAGGAUAUUUUGCAGUUUCCUUUUUUUUUGAGACAGAACAAAAUACAAAUUACUCUUUUCUAAAACACGGACCUGACUCAAACAUGUUAACCAGCCUAUGAUUUUACACCUAGUAGCCUUCUCUUUCUCUGGGACCAAGUGGAAUUGACUUCUAACUCUCUCAUUUUUCUGCUGUCAAGAGUGUCCAAGAAGUUUGGCCCAGAAUUCUAAAAAGGCUCCAUUGUUGAAGAGAUUUUCUCUUGCUAGAUCAACGGCUUUAUCUGUAGAUCUUCUCUUCCUUUGGAAAGCUCUACUUAAAAAAAUGCUUUUCUUUAACAGGCUGGAUCACACUGUGAAAUAUGACA